CCGUAUAUGAUGAAUUUUAGAGCGAUUCGGUCGUUUACUUGCAACACUCUCAGGCUUGCAAUUCGUGCACCAUUACACACAACUUCGUGUUUGCCAGCUAAACGUCCUCUCUUUGGUAAAAUCCGUCCACGUUCUAUCACAGAAGAAGAGUAUGAAAGUAGAUGCCUCAAAGACAAACCGGAUAAAGUGACUGUGUAUGCCAGUAGAAGGGGAGUGAAGGGCAGCCCAUGGAAGAUGAACCUUGUUGCCAAGCAGAUUCGUCGGUUGCCAGUUGAUGAGGCCAUGCUUCAGAUGCAGUUCUCCCCAAAGAAGGCAUCCAAGACCGUUCUUGAGGUGCUAUCCGAUGCUAAAAAACGAGCACACGAGGACUUUGCAGGGCCCAAUAAAUCAAAUCUGUACAUCGACGAGUCGUAUGUUGGCAAAGGAACGUACCUCAAACGUAUGAAAUUUCACGGUAAAGGACAGUUUGGAUUAAAAUAUCGAUAUCAUUGUCACUACUUCCUGAAGCUACGGGAAGGCCCGGCGCCACCCAAGAAGACAAAACGCACGUACGAAAGACAUAAGAGUAGAAUAACGAAAGACCUUUGGCUAAGGAAAACACCAGUGACAAUACCUAAUGCUCUCUAAUCAUCUAUUAUUAAUAUCAAUAUAUAAGAUAAGACCACUACAUAGUGGGUGACUUGUACAGCUAGCUGUUAGCAUUAUUGCAUGUGUUACUGUCUUGUCUACCAUUUUUUGGUAAAACUGAAGGCAAUGGGUUGGCACUCUAGAUGGCCAUGUGGCUGGUGUCAAUAUAUUAUUGAAGGAGUGGAGAUGUCACAUGGGAAUUUAAAGUG